AUGACAAAUGAGACAACUGUGAUUGAAUUUAUUCUGAAGGGCUUCUCAGACAUGCCUGAGCUGAGGCUCAUUAGUACCACCUUCUUCCUUUUCAUCUAUUUCUUUGCCCUCCUGGGAAACAUCUCCGUCAUCGCAGCUGUGACAAGAGACAGCCGCCUCCACACCCCCAUGUACUUCUUCCUGAAGAAUCUGUCCUUCUUGGACAUGUGCUACACCACAGUCACCAUCCCCAAGGCACUGAUCAAUUCACUCAUGGGUUCUGAAGUCAUUUCCUUUUGGGAAUGUGUGGUUCAGCUCUUCUUAUUUGUAAUGCUGUGUGCUUCUGAGUGCUUCUUGCUCACAUCCAUGGCAUAUGACCGCUGUUUAGCCAUCCACAAGCCUCUCCUCUAUAGUGUCAUUAUGAGCAGAAAGCUGUGUACAAAGCUUGUCAUUGUGGCCUGGUUGAGUGGAGUUCUUUAUGCUAUCUUUCACACUAUCAACACCUUCUCCCUCCUGUUCUGUGGGCCCAAUGUCAUUGACCACUUUUUCUGUGACAGCUCCCCCAUCAUGAGACUCUCCUGCAGUAACUCCCACACCAAUGAGAAAGUUGGAUUUGCAGUGGGUGGGUGUAUUAUUCUUGGUGCCUUUGCCCUCACCAUAAUCUCCUAUGUUCUCAUCAUCUCUACCAUUGUUCAGAUCCACUCUGCUGGUGGCCGUUGGAAGGCCUUCUCCACCUGCUCCUCUCAUCUUACUGCUGUCAUUCUGUUUUAUGUCACUGGGAGCAUUGCUUAUCUGAGAUCUGCUUCUCAUUACUCUCCCCUUCAAGGACGGCUAGUGUCUGUGUUUUACUCCAUUCUAACACCCAGCCUUAAUCCUGUUGCUUACUGUCUGAGAAACACAGACAUGCAGGUGGCCUUGAGAAAACUAUUUGUCCCAUCCAAGUAG